CACAGGUUAUCCGGUGCUACCGCAGCCGAGAUCGCGACACGCGCCCCGAAGGGCAUGCUCGACCUUCUUUAGACGAAACAUGGGUCGUAGAUCGGAGGCUGGCGGGCCCACGUGGCCUCCCGCGCGCGUAACCCCAUUUUCCGUGAUGCUCAGCUUUGGUUCCCCCCCUCCGCCACUUUACAGUCUCUUCUUCCCUUUCUCGUUCUUUCUUUUCUCUUUUUCUCUGUUAGAAAGCUUUGGACCGAACUGGUAGAACUAGCGUUCAGGCAACAAAUGCUGCCGAUUCAGAGUUCUGAUCACAUCCUCUGAUCUCCUUUAUUUUUCUCGCUCAAGUUUUUUGUGGUCCAGUUACCGGAAAUGGAGUCAUGCGACUGCAUUGAGACCCAAUGGCCUACUGAUGAGCUUCUGGUGAAAUAUCAGUACAUAUCGGACUUCUUUAUUGCCUUUGCGUACUUCUCCAUUCCCUUGGAGCUCAUCUACUUCGUUCAAAAAUCAUCGUUCUUCCCAUAUAGAUGGGUGCUAAUGCAGUUUGGUGCUUUUAUUGUUCUGUGUGGAGCAACCCACUUCAUAAAUUUGUGGACUUUCUCCAUGCACUCUAAAACUGUUGCUGUCGUGAUGACUAUAGCAAAAAUUGCUACUGCCGUUGUGUCCUGUGCAACAGCUCUGAUGCUUGUGCAUAUUAUUCCUGAUCUGCUGAGUGUCAAAACACGGGAAUUAUUUUUGAAGAAUAAGGCUGAAGAGCUUGACAGGGAGAUGGGCCUUAUUAUGUCACAAGAAGAAACUGGAAGACAUGUGAGGAUGCUUACUCAUGAAAUUAGAAGCACACUUGACAGGCACACUAUACUGAGAACUACUCUGGUUGAGUUGGGGAGGACGUUAGACCUUGAGGAAUGUGCUCUGUGGAUGCCAACACGAAGAGGUCAAACUCUCGAGCUUUCUCACACACUGAAUAAUUUAAUACCUAUGGGAUCUUCUGUGGCAAUCAAUCUUCCCAUUGUCAAUGAUGUCUUUAAGAGUGCUCAAGCUAUACGUAUUCCGCAUACGUGUCCAUUGGCAAGGAUCAGACCUCCCGUGGGCAGAUAUGUCCCUCCAGAAGUUGUUGCUGUUAGGGUUCCUCUUUUACAUCUUUCAAACUUCCAAAUUAAUGAUUGGCCUGACCUCUCUCCAAAAAGCUAUGCUGUGAUGGUUUUGAUUCUUCCAAUGGAUGGUAUAAGAAAAUGGCGUGACCAUGAAUUGGAGCUCGUGGAAGUUGUUGCUGACCAGGUAGCUGUUGCUCUUUCUCAUGCUGCAAUUCUGGAAGACUCUAUGCGUGCCCGGGACCAGCUGAUGGAGCAGAAUGUUGCUUUAGAUAAUGCUCGACAAGAAGCAGAGACAGCCAUCCGUGCUCGCAAUGAUUUCCUAGCUGUCAUGAACCAUGAAAUGAGGACACCCAUGCAUGCAAUUAUCUCAUUGUCUACACUUCUUUUGGAAACUGAGCUAACUCCAGAACAGAGGGUCAUGAUAGAGACUAUCCUCAAGAGUAGCAACCUCCUGGCAACACUUAUAAAUGAUGUGCUAGAUCUUUCCAGACUUGAAGAUGGUAGCCUAGAAUUAGAUACUGGAAUCUUCAAUCUUCAUGAGGUGCUUAAACAGGCUGUCUGUUUGAUAAAGCCCAUUGCAUCUGUGAAGAAGUUAUCCAUGACACUUCUUUUGGCCCCGGAAUUACCUGUCUAUGCUGUUGGUGAUGAGAAGCGGCUAAUACAAACAAUCUUAAAUAUUGCGGGCAAUGCUGUAAAGUUCACAAAGGAGGGUUAUGUUUCAGUUGUGGCUUCUACUGCAAAACCAGAGUCUUUGAGAGACUGGAGGCCUCCUGAGUUUUAUCCAAUGCCAAGUGAUGGCCACUUUUUCUUAAGGGUACAAGUGAAGGAUUGUGGCUGUGGUAUUAGCCCACAAGACAUCCCACAAAUUUUUACCAAAUUUGCUCAGUCUCAAAGUGGAUCAAACCGGAACACUAGUGGUGCUGGACUUGGUCUCGGUCUUCCCAUUUGCAAACGGUUUAUAAAUCUUAUGGGAGGUCACAUCUGGAUUGAAAGUGAGGGCUUGGACAAGGGCACCACUGUUACAUUCAUUGUUAAACUUGGAAUCUGCGAUGGCGAUGGCCCAACUGAAUCAAGAGCGCAGCAAGCUCCGCUUCCAAGCAGAGAAAAUAAAGGGAGUGCGGAUCUCAUUGGACAUAAGCCAUUUGCCAAAGAGUUACCGCGUUAUCAAAGGACUUUUUAGUCGAAUUGAAGUCUCCCUUAUAGCAUAACUGGUUCCUCCUCCUUGGGUUCGAAGUUUGAUCGGAUGGCAAGAGAUGAUUAGCGUUAUUAGGCUGAGAUGUACAGCUAUUAUGGUGGGAAGUGUGCCUGUAAGCUUAAGCUGCCUAAACAAAAUGUCUGGUUGGGAAACCAGUUUUUUCUUUCUUACCCAAAUAUUAAGACGAGAUGAACUAAGAUAUAAUAUAGCUAAAUCAUUCUACACCA